AUGACUGAUAAUUUGGCGCUUUGCUCGCAAAGUCUUUUUAUCACGACAUUUGAUGUCACUCGCUCUAGUUAUCAGGGUCCACAGAUGACUUUCAUCCACGAGAUGCCGAUUGGUUCAAUGUUGGCUUGGAACAGGAUCUAUGAAUCUAUGAACUCAUAUUACUAA